AGACGGGCUAUGUGUACAUGGAAACGGAUUCCCCACUGUCUCCUGAGUUGACUUUAGAGCCACUGCCCGGGAAAAUCAAAGUCCCGCAAAUCGGCCUUUAUGACGGAACGUCGGAUCCCGACGCCCAUCUCGGGCAUUAUACUUCAUGGAUGGACUUACAUGGGGCCACCGACGCCCUCAGGUGUCGUAUGUUCUCCCUAACUAUGGGACCGAGAGCGCAGAAGUGGUAUUACUUGCUACCCGCGCAGUCCAUCCGAUAUUGGGUUCAGCUCAGGUCGGCCUUUCGCUCCCAUUUUAUCGGAGCACAAGUUUGCCUCAUUCCAAAAGAGUCGAUCACUAACAUCGUCCAAAAGGACGACGAGAGCUUGAAGGAAUAUGUUGCACGCUUCAACGAACGCGUGCAGAAUAUGGAACCGUGCCACCCUGAAACUCUCUUGGUGAGCGCCAUAUCGGGAUUGAAGCCCAAAUCGAUGUUCAGGUGGGCACUUUGCCAAAACAAGCCCAACACGUUCCAAGAAUUCUUGGUCCGAGCGCAGAACCACGUGAUCGCCGAAGAGAGCAUGUCGGUCCCGGACCUCACAUUCACUUCUCAAGGACAAAAGGGCCGAGAAGCCGACAUCCAGCCACGACCCGACCUAACGCCACCAACGUCGGGACGCUCGAAUCCCAUUCCCCGAGUUAAUACCAACUUAGACGCGCCGACGUCUUCCCGGAGACAAGCUAAGGCAUAUGCACGAAGAGCCUACAACUCGGGGAAGCAAGUUAUGACCUCGGACCACAGGGAGACUAUCAAUGCCCGAACUUGCCCUAUCACCUUCACAUUGGAAGAUGCAAGUCUGUUCGACCAUCCACAUUCGGACGCACUCAUAAUCACAGCCCCCAUCUGUGGCAUCUCUGUCCACCGAAUCAUGGUGGAUACCGGGGCCUAUACCAGCAUACUCAUGCUCAAGGCAUUUAACAAGCUCAGGAUCGACCCAUCCGAGGUUUGUUCAUGCAACGACCGCGUCCACGGCUUCAAAGGGAGCGUAGCGCUCCCAUUGGGAGAGAUCACACUCCCCAUCAGGUUCGGGGGACACGGGCAAACAUCCAAAGUCAUCAUGGAGACUUUCAAAGUGAUGGACCUCGACAACGAAUACAAUGCGAUUAUCGGGAGGACGGCGUU